CCAACAUAUCGCUACUUGAGCCUCUUUGAUUGCCAGGUAUCCACGCUCAGCGAAUAAAGGGUAACUAUGUCUUCCCGACGCUCUCGCUCGCCCGGCAGGGACAGAUCUCGUUCAGAUUCGCCAGAACCUCAGAACCGCCUUCCGGGAGGCGCGGAACCUAUCUCAGAGCAGGACUAUUUCUUGAAGAGCGCAGAAUUUCGGGUAUGGCUGAAGGAUGAGAAACGCAAGUACUUCGAUGAGCUGACGGGCGAGAAAGCACGAAAGUAUUUCCGCAAAUUCGUCAAGGACUGGAACCGCGGUAAACUAUCCAAGGAUCUCUACGCCGGGAUAGAUCCCACCGCCCUCCCUGCGCAGUCCCAGACGGCCUACAAAUGGUCCUUCGCGUCCUCACGCUCCAAAGCCGAACGUCAAGCCCUCGAAGCCACCCGUUCCGAAAUCAGUGCCCUCACCAAUAAUGGGAGCAACGGUGCCUCCUCCGCCCGUAUCCAAGGCCCUUCCCUCCCCGGACGUUCGAUAGGCCCUACACUCCCCUCGUCCUCCGACCUCACACUUGCAAGAGAACUACAGGAGGAGGCGGCAUGGGAGGAGAAGUCGUUGAAGAGGAAGAGAGAUAAACGGGAGGCGAAGGAGAGGGAUGAGGAUGUGAAUGGGCCGAGAGAGGUGGGGAGGGAGAGGUUGAUGGAGAAGAAACGGGAGAAGAGGGAGGGCGAUAAGGCGUUCAGGGAGGCGAGGGAGGAUGCGGGGCUGGAGUUGGAUGAGGGAACGUUGAUGGGUGGUGGAGAUAGCUUUCAGGAUCGGAUUCGACAACGAGACGCAGCACGAAAGAGGUUCGAGGAGAAGAAACGAGGCCCGAGAGAUGAUAGGAUGGCCGAGACGAGUGAGAGGGUUACAGCGAUACGCGAGAAGGAUAAGGCGACGAUGGAUAUGUUCAUGCAGAUGGCGAAGGCGAGAUACGGGUAAUGGCUCGCUCUCGUUUCCCGAAGACCGUUGGCCAGAGCCUGUUCUCCUCGCCCAACAAGAGCAGCUCGUGUCCACAAUCAUUGUCGCCGGAGCGUGUGGGACUAUGGGCCCCACUCAGAGACCGCUGUUUGCUCCCAGCUUCCGGAAUGUUGUCUGCCCACUCUUGAUAUCUUACUUAUUUCUUUUCAUCCAGGCCCUGGAAAGGCGAGGGUGAGGAUUUGUCGCUGGUUUGGGACGAGCGUUUGGUACUUACCGGAUGUAUUCUAAGGCGUUGCGGGGCAAUUGUAUUUCAAAUGUCGUGCCCA